GUGAGGGCAGAUGGGCUCUCACCCACAGUCUUAGAGGGCUUCAGAUCUGCUUCGCGUUGCUGCAGCUGACAAAGAUCUCUCGUGGCCUCGUUGUGUGACCGACGCAAUGUUCCUCCUCGUGGUGAGCCAACAGCCGCUGAGCCGCCUUGAGGCACCGUGAGAGCACCAAGAGCACUGACGUACGUGCUGGGCCGUUUGCUCGGCACCAUUGGUUAUCUGUGUGUGUCUGUGCAGCAGGGAAUAUUACACGCACUGCACACUGUGUGUCAAUCAGGCGGGAGGCUCAACUACGGCCUGCGUGAAAUCGUCGCGCAGCUGCUGCCAGCAGCAGGAGGCGGCUGACUAUGCCAUGGCGGUGUGCAUAUCGCAGGAGAUCAACGCGGAGCUGCAAGCCGACGUGUGAGCGAGAUGGUCAGAUAGAGCUGAGAGGACAACGGACAACACAAAUGACAUGACGUAUAUGUCUAUGUGUGUAUCAGAUUGAUGCAAUCUGACCAAGGAGGUCGUUCAGUGCCGCUGGGUGACAUGGCUGACCGAAAGGUCCGCUUGCCCAACUCGCCCACGCCCGUGUGAGCAGCAUUCAUUUGGUGGUGUAUCUGUGACCGACAGACAUGCAUCGGGAGCGGCACAUCGCCGUCGGGCGAGUGCUAUGAAGUGGUGUGUGACGGCACCGGGAGAGCCCCCACGGCCAGCGAGGGGCGACUCAUUGGCGGCAUCGACAAGGUCUGCGAUGACAGUGGCGUUGCGAGAAGGGGAGGUGUUUCUGUCGAUGCGGGAAGGGGAGGUGAUGCGGCCAUGGGGGCCUUGCUGUGUGCAGCUGCGAUUGGUCAGCAUUUUGGCUGACGAAUGAAUGAAGUCUUAAGCCAACAGGCUGCAUUGUUUUGGGGUGAGGUCUUUCUUGCCCACUGACUGACAAUGCUUUUUAUGAAUCUUGUGGACGAGCGAAUGGAUGGAUGGAUGGAACACAGGACCGCUCCUUUUUGUGGACGGAUGCUGCCCCAUUGUGAGAAAGUGUGUGUGUGCGUGUGUGUGUGUGUGCGCGCGAGAGACGGCCGUCGAUGCUUCCUGCCACACAUAUGGACAGAAGAAUGCAUAGACACUGGCCAGACGCUCAAAGGCUGAUUCAAAUCCUUUGGGCGAAUGGCAGGCAGCGUCUAGCCGUGUGUGUGUGCGUUGAAUCUAUCUGUAACCGAGACGCUCG